GCUUCAGAAUUGCUACUGCAAAGUGAGGCUCCGUCUUCUUCCAUAUUUGGGACCUUCAUAUGGAUUGGCUCCCUGAUGUUCUUGAAAGGAAUCAAUUGGUUGGUACUUUACAUCCCCACAAUCAUUAUGAAUCUCCUUAGCACCAAUUUCCAAAUAUCGUUGUCGUUAUCCUCCCUUCUCCUUUAUUUGGGCAUUAUUACAGGUUUCUGCUUCUUGGUGGUACGGUACAAGUACUUAACAAGAUAUUCCCAGAACACGGCAGACUCGAACCAUCAAAAGAAGACCCUCAAUGAGGGCAUGGACUUUGUUGAUCCCUUGAAUUCUAAGAAGCGGAAGAAGACCUCUAGCACAAAUUACUUGGACGAAUUCUUGAGUGCUAUUAAGGUAUUUGGGUACUUAGAACGGCCUGUAUUUCACGAACUCACGAAGAGUAUGACCACUCAAAAGAUCGCCAGAGACGAGAUCCUAUACCUCAACGAAAGUCUUGGCUUCACCAUAGUAGUUGAGGGCACGCUCCAGGUUUACACCAAGAUCGACAACAAAAAUGAGCAGGAUUCGAGCCAGUAUUUUGAUUCAAAUGAGGACAACGAGUUGAAUUUUGAAAAAGAUGACACACUUGUCAUAGGCGAUCAAAGAUAUCAACUUUUGAAUGAAGUGAAAAGCGGUGCUCCGUUGAGUUCGUUGAUAAGUACGUUAGACCUUUUCAAACCCCUGGACGAACCAAAUCUAAACUCCACCUUGUCUUCAUUCAAAAUUAAUGGCAAAUCACCUCUGGUAGAUCGAGACCAAACUGUUUCACCAACUCCAUUUAAUGAUCUUUUGAGGGAAAAUUCUACAACCUCGUCUAUUGCAUCAGGACCUAUCUCACCUUCACAAGGUUACCCUCAUAUUGUGGUUAAGCCAAAGCCAGCAGAGGAUUUAUCUAACAAAAAUAGGUACCAUCAUGGAGGUGCUACCAUUGCCAUUAUACCACGUCAAGCUUUUCAGAGAGUUCAGGCCAAAUACCCUAAAGCUACCUCGCAUAUAGUUACCAUGGUUUUGACCCGUUUGUACAAGGUAACUAUGAAUGCUAUUCACAACUAUUUGGGUUUAACCAAAGAGAUUAUCGAAAGUGAAAUACAAUUAAAUAAGUUAGAAGGGAUUGAAGAUGGUUUGUCAUUGCCAAGAUACCUUUACGAAGGUUUAAUCGAAAAGUUUUAUGACAAAAAUGGGCUCAAGAAAGCAGGUUCGUCUUUAUCUUCUUCCAUAAGCAUUCAGAAAAGUAUCAGCUCCAAUCAAAAUUCAUCGAACGGUUCAAAACCAAGGGGGUUGAAUCGUACAUCUUCGAGAUACGUGGUAUUGGCUUCACGAUCAAAGUCAUCUCACCCAGGUGAUUUGUUGUCAUCAGUUCCUUUAUCAAGAAGAUCAGAUUAUUAUCAGAGUCAUACACAUCCUCCAUUACCAUCAAACUUUGUUCUGGAGGCUAAUUUCAAUUCUAGAAGGUCCGAGCAAGGACAAGCGUCCAAGUCUUAUAAUUCGCCAACCUUAAAUGAGAGCAAAAACACUUCGACUAACUUCGAAAAUAUUCGUGAACGGACGUUCUCUGAUGAGAGGGAAGAAACCGAAGAAACUUCCCUUCGAAUUGCUAUAGUGGAAAACAUGUUCAAAAUUUUGGGUAUCAACGAAAAUUCAAGUUUGACUAGUACCAUGAACUUGGCUUCAAAUCAAUCUUCUGUGAGUUCCUCGAUGGUUGGAUUGUCAGCCUUGAUGGACGAAAAGGAUAACAGAAAAUAUGCAAAUGGUACUUACGAUUCGAGAACUGGCGUGGUUAGAUUUGACUCGAUUGGGAGUAAUCUACUUGCACCAGGGAGAUCUUCCACUCCUAUCAAAUUUUUCAGCACCAUCAACCAAUCUGAUUUGAAGACUUCUAACUCUCGUGACUCCACACCUUCAACCUUACUCGAAAACACUGGCCAAAGGAACUCAGUGCAGGCCCUUCAUCCCGAUUUUAAUAACGUCAAGAAUGAGUUCUCAAAAGUAUUGGAUAUAAAAUAUUUCGAGCCAGGUACAACUUUGGUAGAACAAGGUACUUUUAAUUCGGGAUUGUAUUUUGUCUUGGAUGGGAAUCUUGAAAUAUUGUAUUACCCAGUUAAUAAUGCUAGUGACGUUUCGUCUUCGCGUUCGAAAUCUGCAAAAAGAUUAUACACGGUUGAACCUGGUGGAUUGGCAGGAUAUUUGACUUCGAUUGUUGGCUUUCGCUCGCUAGUUACUAUUAAGGCCCCAAAGAACAGAGGUGUGAUUGUCGCACAUAUCCCAAAAACCGAGUUUGCAAAAUUGAUGGACAAGCAUCACUUUUUACUUUUACCAGUGGCAUCUAAAUUGAAGAGCUUAUUGUCCAGGCAAAUUUUAACAAUUGAUUUCGCUCUAGAAUGGUGUCACAUCCCGGCAGGAAAUGUUUUGUGUUCUCAAGGCGACUUGGCCAAUGGUUUCCAUAUCGUAUUAAGUGGAAGAUUCCGUCUGGUUCGAAAUAAUAGUCUAACAUCUGAAGCUACCUUAACGGAUUCCAAUGCUGAUGAUCAUAGUUACAAUGGUAAUUUGAUUGAUGAAUCGAAUAGUCCGAAGCAUCUUCGGGCUUCAACAACAGAGGAAAUGGAAACUUUGGGAGAGUAUGGUCAUGGUGAGACCAUUGGAGAGGUUGAGGUUUUAACAGCAUCUAGAAGAACCAACUCUCUUAUAGCAGUUAGAGAUUCAGAAACUGCAAGAAUUCCAAGAACUUUGUUUGAGAUGUUGUCCCUCCAAAACCCGUCUCUUAUGGUCAAAGUAUCCAGAAUUGUUGCCAAUAAAGUUGCCAUUAAAGCUUCUUCUAUGAAUCAUGGAUCCAAUUCCAUGCUUAUCCCUACUUCUACUACCCCUUACGUCUCAAAUGAUUAUAAAACGAUCACAAUUUUGCCUACUGUCAGUGGAUUGCCAGUUCGUGAAUUCGCUGAUAAAUUGGUACAUGCUUUGAAGACGAUUGGAAGGAAUGUUAUUGUUCUUGACCAAGCAUCAACUUUGACUCACCUUGGACGUCAUGCGUUUGACGAACGAUUAUCGCAGCUAAAAUUGUCUGGGUAUUUCGCGUACUUGGAAGAGAGAUACGAGACAAUCGUGUACAUUUGUGAUACACAGCUUAAAUCGAACUGGACUUCCACGUGCAUUUCUCAGGGAGAUUGUAUCUUACUCUUAGCGGAUGCUGAAGAUGAUGUGGUGGCAUCUGGAAUUGGAGACUAUGAACGACUCUUGAUCAAAUUGAAGACUUCGGCUCGAACUGAUUUGUGCUUGAUUCAUCAAGAUAAAUUUGUUAUUCCUGGCUCUACCAGCAUUUGGUUAAAAAACAGGCUUUGGGUACAUGGGCAUCAUCACAUUCAAAUGGAAAUCCCGAGAGCUGCAGACCAGCAAGUAAAAAAGAAGCCAAAUAUCAUCAGUGACCUUGCUGCAAAGAUUGGUAGCAAAACUAAUCCUAAUAUUAAACUUAGAUUCGAGAAUGUGAAAUCGAAAGCAAUGUCCUCGUUUAUCAAGUUAAACAAUAAAAUUAAUAGAAAUGAAGGCAAUCAUUUCAAAUCACCCCAAUCUCAUAAAAACGAUUUUUUGAGAUUAGCUAGAAUUUUGUCAAAUGAAGCAGUGGGAUUGGUUCUUGGUGGUGGAGGAUCUAGAGGUAUUUCCCACGUUGGGGUAGUUCAAGCCUUGGAAAAGCAUGGCAUACCUGUCGAUUUGAUUGGAGGAACUUCGAUUGGUUCUUUUGUUGGUGGCUUGUAUGCCAAGGACUAUAAUACUGUCUCCAUUUAUGGUAGGGCCAAAAAGUUCUCUAAAAGAGUGGCUUCUGUGUGGAGAUCAAUAUUGGAUUUGACCUAUCCUGUCACUUCCUAUAUUACCGGAUAUGAAUUUAACAGGGGUAUUUGGAAAGUGUUUGGAUCCACCGAAAUUGAGGACUUCUGGAUUAAGUACUUUUGCAACUCGACUAAUAUAACCAAUUCUACCAUGGACAUACACGAAAAUGGCUACGCGUGGAGAUUCAUCCGUGCAUCGAUGUCAUUGGCUGGUCUUCUACCCCCAAUUGCUCACAAUGGGUGUAUGUUACUUGAUGGUGGCUACUUGGAUAAUUUACCAGUGAUGGAAAUGAAAAAGAAGGGCGCCAAGUACAUCAUUGCUGUGGAUGUCGGCUCAGCCGAUGAUAGAACUCCAAUGAACUAUGGUGAUACCCUUUCAGGAUUCUGGGUAUUGUUUAAUCGGUACAAUCCCUUUUCGAAGCAUCCCGACAUCCCAAACAUGAUGGAUAUUCAAAUGCGGUUGGCGUAUGUGGCCAGUGUUAAUGCUCUAGAAUUGGCUAAGAAGACUCCAGGUGUGAUGUACUUGAGACCCCCAAUAGAUAACUACGCCACGCUAGACUUUGCCAAGUUCGACGAAAUCUACCACGUCGGUUUGGCGUAUGCUGACUCCAUAUUCAGCACCUGGGAAAACGAGGGCAAGCUCCCUCCAAUCUUGGGUAUGGUGGACAAAUCAGAAAAGAACAAUGAGAGAAGACUUUUAUACAGAAGAAACUCUAUAUAG